AUGGCCGCAUUUAGCUGGCUGGCCGAUUCUGCUGUCCACGCGCCAUCCCCCAUGGCUGAGUUCGCAUUCAUCACCGCCGGAACGGCUCCUUGGGUCCACGGCCAGGGCAGCAUGACCCCCUCGCGACUCCGCUCCUUGUCGCCGCUGCCUGCCAAGAAGGAAGUCACUCGGUCCCUCUCAACGCCACACCUCGCCAAGGUCGCCCACCUCCAGUCCCAUCACGAGAGCGAUGGCAUGAACACGCUUCCCGACCCCCGAGGCCGAACACCAACCCCCCAGCUGACCCUCACCCCCCACGACUCAAACGAAUCCCAACCCGACCUUGGCCAGGAGGUCUCGAUGCUGAGCACCAAGCUCAUCAACGCCAUCAACCAUUCCACCAUGCUCGACGACUCCUUGCAGCAGACACGACACGAGCUCGAAGCCGCGAGAGAACAACUGGCGCGGCUGGAAGUGCAGGUCAGGGAGCAUGAAGAGCUCGUGUCCAAGGGCCUCUUGGUCGAAAAGGUCGUCUACGAUAAGAUGGAGAGGCAAAUGGCGAGCGAACUGCAGGAAGAGCGCAGGCGAAGGGCCCAGGCAGAAUCCGCCAAGCGGAAAACGGACAGCGAGGUGGAAGCUCUGACGGCUGCGCUGUUCGAGGAGGCCAAUGUGAUGGUAGCAUCAGCCCGCAAGGACACCGAGGCAUCCGACAGGCGUGGCGAGCAACUCAAGCAACAACUCAACGAUGCUGCGAUUCUGCAGCGCUCCUUGCAGGAGCAACUGCAAGAUCUCAAGAGCGUGGUCGAGAAGAUGAGCGCGCACAGCGACGACCACGAGAACAGCACGAUUCCAACGACUGCGCCCUCGACGCCUGGCCUCACGCCUUCCGACAAGAUGACCAAGCUCUUUGAAGCCAUUAAUCUGACGCCGAACACGCCUGGAACCGACGAAAUCAGCCCAGACCACCCGCUUCAUUUCUCCCAUCUCAUCCACCCGGUCCUUCGAUCCGAUCUCACAGCCUUUACCGAAUUUCAGGACAUGUUCAAGGUCAACGCCCACUCGUCGGCGCCGAAUAGCAGGGCGCCUAGCGGUAACUAUGGAAGCUUGAGCAUGCUCGGUCUGGGAUCCCUGGCCAACCAUUCCACCACUUCGUUACCGGGCAAAUCUCCGAGUAUAGCCUCGACCAACUCUCCACGGGAGUCGAUCAAUGCUGCCCAGGGGAUGCCAAACCUCAAGGAUGAAAAGUUUUACAGGCGUGCUCUCGCCGAGGAUAUUGAGCCAACGUUGAGACUGGACAUUGCACCUGGGCUCUCGUGGAUGGCACGCCGUACCGUCUUGAACAGCAUCACAUCUGGAUCUCUGGUUGUCGAGCCCAAUGCGCCGUCCACCUCCAUGUUCCGUACCGCUGCCUACCCUUGCUCGUUGUGCGGCGAAGCCAGAAAAGGCGAACAGUAUGCGAGGAAGUUCAGGUUCAAGACGGCAGAUACCGAAGAGUCGCAGCGAUACCCCUUGUGCGACUGGUGCUUGGGCCGCGUUCGUGCCACGUGCGACUACAUUGGCUUCUUACGCAUGAUUGCAGCCGGACACUGGCGUGCAGAGACGGACGAGGAGAAGAAGUCGACGUGGGAGGAGAGUGUCAAGCUUCGCGAAAAGAUGUUUUGGACGCGGAUAGGCGGCGGGGUCGUACCCUCGUUCAUCCCCCUUCGUGACAGUCCCCGGAGCCCGGCGUUCUCAAAGAGCCCGCACAAGGACGAGGAGAGGAAGAGCGAGGACAGCAUGAUGUCGUUUGAGCCGAGGGACAUUUCGGUCGAUGGGCCAGUAGCCGAUCGAAAGACUCGAAAGAGCGAGGAGGACCCCUUUAAGAGCAAGGAGACGGGCUUGGAAAAGCGGAUUUCGAUUGGCAAGACUGUCCUCUCUGGCCAUGGUCCAGAUGGUCCUUUGACAUCGACACAGGACAGUGCCACACCCACUCAUGAGGACGCGACAACCGAAGCGGCACAAGCCAAGCCUGCACUCGACCGAGAGGAAGAGAAGAGGCCAGAACAAGCCGAAGCCGAGAUCCACGCCCAGGUCGAAAAGUCGCUCGACGUGAAGCAGAUUGCCGAGAAGCCACUGCUGCAGCGCCAGCGCUCGGCGUCGAAUCCUGCAGCUGCCCUUGCUGUUCGCAAGCGAGAGGAACGUUUGAGCUUGAAGAUUCCGGGAUCGACGUCGAUGCCUGGGGGGUUUGAGUAG